AACGUCAUCACGCAUGUCCGGCUUUUACAGGAAGUUACCGAAGACUUUCCGGAUGCAUGAGAUUCAUCAGAUGUGAGAGAUAACUUUAUUGUUUUUGUGUUGGUCGCUGGUUUAUGCAUCAGGAAUUUACUGUGCAAUAUCUUGUCAUCUCACCGUAAUAAUGGUUGAGGUGAUGACUUUGACGCUUCCAAUGGACAGCUGUCGACCACGACGAAAACAAUGAGGCACUUUACAGAGAGAACAACUGACAGGUGCCCUAAAGACAUUUCUCCCUGCAUGACCGACUUCUAAACAACACAAGAUGUUUGUGACCGCUUAUUUGGCGCUUGUGGUGCUGGCUGGCCUUUGUAUCGGCCUGGAGGUUGCGUCUCGUCGGUUGUCACCGCAGCAAGCAUCCGCCACCACCGUCGCCAACCCUGCCUUCUGCCGCUUCCAGGCGCUCUUCCUCCGCGGCUACCUCCUCGCUCUCUGGGCCGACUGGCUGCACGGACCAUACCUGUACAAACUCUACCGCCACUACAACUUUCUGGAAUCCCAAAUAGCCAUAUUGUACGUGUGCGGCCUGGCCUCCUGUGUGCUGUUCGCCCCGGUGGCCGGCUGGCUACCACAGGCUCUUGGGCGCAGGCGCACCUGCCUGAUCUUCUGCCUGGCCUACUCGGCCUGCUGCAUCACCAAGCUCUCUCGGGACUACUUCGUGCUCAUCCUGGGUCGCGUGCUGGGGGGCCUGUCCACCUCGCUGCUCACCACCACCUUCGAGUCCUGGUACGUGCACCGGCACGUGGAGGUGCACGACUUCCCGAAGGAGUGGAUCCCCGUCACCUUCGGCAAGGCGGCCAACUGGAACCACGGCCUGGCCGUUGGCGCCGGCCUGGUGGCCAACCUGUUUGCCGAGUGGCUGGGCCUGGGACCCGUGGCCCCCUUCCUGCUCGCCAUCCCGGCCCUGGCGGGUUGUGGCUGGGUGGUGCUGACCGACUGGGGCCAGGAGGAGAAGCUGGAGGGCGCUGGAGGUGAGGGGGGUAGAGACAGGAACGGGCCCCUGCUGGGUGGCGGCCACAGUGGCUCUGGGUCCUCCUCCUCCUCCACAGUCGGGCGGCUGUCGGCCCGGGCCCGGUUCUGGCGCGGCGUCCUGGAGGGCCUGCGCUGCCUGCUGUCGGACCGGCGCGUGCUCCUCCUGGGCGGCGUGCAGGCCCUGUUCGAGAGCGUGCUGUACAUCUUCGUGUUCCUGUGGACGCCGGUGCUGGACCCGCACGGCCCCCCGCUGGGCAUCGUCUUCUCCUGCCUGAUGGCGGCCAGCCUGGCGGGCUCCAUCCUCUUCCAGCUGGCCACGUCGGCGCGCUACCGCCUGCAGCCGGCGCACCUGCUGUGCCUGGCCGUGCUCAUGGCCUUCUUCUCCUUCUUCAUGCUCACCUUCUCCACGGCGCCGGGCCAGCCGCGGCCCAGAGAGUCCCUGCUGGCCUUCCUGCUGCUGGAGCUCGCCUGCGGCCUCUACUUCCCCGCCGUCAGCUUCCUACAGGGUCGUGUGGUGCCGGUGGAGCUGCGUACGUGGGUGCUGGCCUGGUUCAGGCUGCCCCUGCACCUGCUGGCCUGCCUAGGGCUGCUGGCGCUGCACGGGGAGGUGUCGGGCACCGGGGCAGGGGAGGCGGGCGGGGGCACCAGGCACAUGUUCGCCGGGUGCGCGGGCAUGAUGCUGGCGGCGCUGCUGGCCGUGGUGAGCCUCUUCACAAUAGGCAGGAACGACGCCGAGCUCAGACUGGAGGGCACUCGGGGAGAGGGCGAGAUCUGAAUAAAGAUUCAAUAAAAGGAACCAAUGACUGAUGUUGGAAUGGAUGCCACACUUCCACUCUAUUCAGUUAAACUGAUUUUAAGUAUUUUUCCAAGAACAAAGGAUUUCCUAUUUGCAAUUGAGCUAAUCAGAAAUGCCAUAAAUCGUCUGACUGGCAGUUCCAACUGGAAAAAGGGGUCUUCUGGUUGCAAAAUCGGCAGAUGAAAAGCCUUCAAAUCCAUCAAACCGUGCUGUGUGUCCAUACAGUAGAAUGGAUAAGACGGAUAGACACUGUACACUGUCUGCUGGGAAGCAGAUUACCAGGACCAAGGACAUGGACUACUGAACAGUGGUGUUACUCUGUUACUGAUUUUGUUUUUCACUUUGCGUGUUGUGCUUUGUUUGCCAACGAGAUAUUGAAGAUUUGUUUUUCUGUUUUUUUUGUUCCCCUAUAUGCUAAAAUAAGAUUAAUGGUUUGUUUGCCAUUUGUACAGGCAAACACAUAAGAUGACCUUGACAAGUCAGACAAUUGCUGGAUGUGUAGAAGUAAUACACAACAUGUAUGCAAUGGCUGGACCACGUAACACACUAAUGCAUAGGCUAAUCGUUUCAAGGUAAUUUAUUUUCAGCAUAGUAUAUGCUUUUCCAAGAUAAGGCUUUUGCAUAAUCAUUUCUGAUUGCAAUGGGGAUCUGGCAGCUUUUUAUCUACAGUACCUUAGAAUAAUAGUCAAAGAGACCAUCAAGAAAUCAUUAGUUUUACCAUUUACACAUGAUUUGUUUCACAAAUUGUUGUUUUUUUUGUUUUAGUUAAAUGAAGCGUUUACCGUUCAGUGGCAGAUAGGAUAUGUUACUGCAUGUGAGGGCUACUGCCACAAACAGAUCUCAAAGGAAAGAAAAAAAACUGAACAAGUAGCAUUCCUGAAUUGAGAGGGAAGUAGCAUAAGUCUCAAUGGUACUUUUUCAUGAGAUAGGGGACAUACUUUGAGUGCAGUCCAUCUUUUCUUGCGAUUUAAAGGCACUUGAGGCCACUCAUUCACCUGGAGGCCUAGUUAAAUGGGGAAAACAGCUGGAGUUAUCUGCCCUUUCCAUCAAACUCUUUCUGAGACUGAAAACUUUCUGCCAUCGAUACAUUUAAACGGGUAAUAUUUUAAUGUUUUACUGUUAUUAUUGCUGUUCAUUAUUUUGAUGAUGAUGGUCAUUAUCUUUCAGAUCCCUUGAAAUUGCGUAUUACUUGGCCAUUUUUCCAAAAAGAAUAAAAAAAUGUUUGCUUGAAAAGGUCA